GGAGAACAAUUACGUGCGCGCUGGAGUGUGCCGUAGAACCGACUGAAUCUCCGCUGCUGGCUACCUCUCACUGAGAACGCGAGUUCCCGGCGAUUGCGAGAGUGUGGGAAUCACCGGUUUUUUUUUAAGCGCGACAUUGUUUCGAGUGCCAGAUUUUCACCACUGAAAGUGGUUUUAGAUUUUUAUGAUGCAGAGAGAGCUUCGUACUACGUAUAUGGCCCUUACGAACCUCAUUGUGAGCCUUCCAACCCUUGAUUUUGGAAUCUUAAUUCUGAGUACCAAGUUUUCAUCAGCAGCAGUCGUUUUAAAUUUGCAUAGCAUGUAGAGAGGCCCAUGUGAUGUACUUGACUCCUGGGACUCUUAGUUGGACCGUCAUUUCACCCCGGUGGGCCCUUAAUUUCGAGUACCUAACGUUGGUCACCAGAAAUCGAUUCGGUUUUUUAUCAAAUAGAGAAACUCGGUCCACCGGUGACGCGUCGGUGAAUAAAAAAGUGGCCGACAAAUGUGGGGGUGCAUAACAACAAAUUAUUCCUGAUAGACAGCUCACGAUUCUGGAACGAUUUUACGUCAUACCUCCCUCACCAAUGACGCGCUUUCCUCGAGAACGAGUUCUUCCCCGUGCGUACUCCCAACAAAUUCCUGUUUAUUUACCAACGAAAUCGUGGGCAGUCGGUCGAUUAAUUGAUUCAGUCAUGUUUGAAAAAUUUUGUUAAAGCAGAUGAGCCGUGAGUAGUGGCAAUGCAACGUGGGAAUUUCCGAUAAAAGUGAUCAUUUAUUUUCUCAAGAGUUAUCAAGCAUGAAUGACUGACGACAAUGGUAAACGUGCUUACAGCUGAUUUUACCUAAUAACAUGCAAAUAUUGUUUGAGAACGGGUAACGGGAUAAAACCACUCCGGACAAUCGUGAUUUUCCUCAGUCUCUCGGCGUCAGUGUGCUGCCAGUAUUGAGACAUAUGAAAAUUCAUUACAAUGGAGGAAGAUUUUUUUGAAAAGAUAAUGGUCAUGUUUUUCCUCAUCUUUAUCAAUUCUGGAUUCGAGUCCAGAAUCUAUUAAUAAAAGUAAAACAAAUCGUUUUCUAUUGCAUAACGUUUUCACAACAUUGGUACCGUUGUUGCGUCGCCCAUAACAUUUUCACGUCACGUUCGCGCCGUCAAUUUUUGGGAAAAUUGUGAUUUACUUUUUACCAAAAUUUUCAAAAAAUUCCUCAAUUUAGCAAAUUUCAGAAAUCCCCUCGGGAAAUUUUUCAUUUUUCCAACGUCAUUGCUACCAUCAACGGCAUAAUUUCCUUCCCCCAGCCUUGGAGACUUCCUCAGGAAAAAAAAACCUGCGAUCCCUGGGUUCACUCCGCUGGUACCACUCCCCAGCUCAAAACCUGGUAUUAGAUAGACUAAAAAAAUUGGAAAAACCCCAAAACCCAUAUUGAGCCCAUAAUAUUCAUUGAACCCUGAACAAUCUCAUUCAUCGAAAUGCUAACAAUUAUUUUUCCCCGGCACUUGUGAAAUUCUUUCUAGCGCGCGGCGGUGCGCACUAGCUGCUGCCAUCAAUGCGCACGCUCGCGUUUCAAUAACGAUUCCUCCACACGUAUGCACCUAUAUAUAUUCCAUUUACAAUGUGCCGUCUCGCUCUAACUAGAGUUCAACGUCGACGUUACGACGAGAGGUACUAGGGUGAUGGGGGGCGGGAGGGCGAUGGAGUAGUAAAGUAAUGGUAGUAAAGCAAGUAGAAACUGUGGACACCGAGCGGACCCGACACAGUCCAACAAAUCAGUAGUUUCACCUUCCUGUUGUCGGGAACCCCUCGUUUGGUGCUUUCAUAUCGCGACUCAUUCUGGUGCGUUGUCUCCGUUAUUUUUCACCUCUCAGUUGAGGUGGUGAUGAUGGUUUUUAAUACCUGAUCAUCCCCGUAGUCGUGAGUGACGACGAGUGAUUAUUUCCCGACCCCGUUAGCAGGCGUGAGUGUCUAGUGCAAUUGUGCCACCAAUUUCCGAAAGAAAAUCCGCCAUAUUAAUCAUAAUUUAUCGAAGAGAAUUCCCUUCAAGGUGACUCCCCAUGAUGAGAGAGAAUUGUCGUAUGAAUCGAUGCGAGUGCCCAGUUAAUUCACCAAUGACGUCUCACUGAGGUCUAGUACUGGCCACGUUGCCACACCCGUUGAGGAGAAAUCCUGGAAAAGGCGAUGGAUGUGGGAUGAGAUCGAAGUGCAAUUGUCCAACAGUCACAAUAAAGAGGAUAAUAUUGUUCCUGGGGUCGAUGAGCCCCGAGCCGGUGAGAAGCCCCAAUUGGAUGGAGUGAUGAGCACUGCCCCCACCAGGGGCCAGCAGCCCCGCAGACGCCGUCAAAAUCGUCAUCAUCAUCAUCACCACCAUCAUCAUCACCAUCAUCAUCAUCACCACCGACAUCACCGCCAUCACCUGAGCCGGCCAUCACGGCGACGCUCGUGGAAAGGCUACUACUGUCAUGGUCAGUCGUAUGAGACCAAGUGCUCUGAUUACUCGAGCGAGGAUUGCCCACAGAAGCAGCACAUGGAACAUGAGGAGUCGUCGGAUGUCGAGAAACGUCCGAAAGUCAAUCCGAUAUUCCUCUGGGCCCUUCAACGGGAGCAGAGGAUUAUCGAGGUUAGGUGUGAGGACUACGACAAGAGAAAUAGAAUCAAAUUGACCAAGACUGCACAGGGAUGGCGAUCCAUUCCCAGGACACUGUCCAAUGUUUACAGCUCUAUGUCAUGUAGAGUCGAUUCGAAUUACAAUUUAUCAGUGACCAAUACCAAUACGUCAUCUUCCUUAUCAACAUGUUCGGGCUCGUCUGUGCCGUUCUCAGGAUCAUCGGUGCCAUUCUCACCAUCAUCCUGCUCACUCUCAUCAUUCUCAAGUGUCUCCAACAGUCAUUCGUCCGUGACAUCAGAGUCCUGCGACGACAACAUGAAGAGCCGGUGCUUGAGGAGCCGACCGAAGAUCGAGAAAAAGGACAUUGACAGCUGUGACGAGUAUCGCUUUGACACUGAUGGUGAUGAUAAUCCGGGGGACAACGGUAGUAAGAUAUUCAACAAGGGACUGCAGUUUCUCGACCUCAAGAAGGUCCAGAAGGACCAGCUGUUCCAGCCGAGGGUCCUCCUCGAGCCCCUGAGCCCAGCGAGACUGUACUCGGUCAAUCGUUUCACCAAGUGCAAUCUCGAUGACGAUAUUGAAAUGGUUGUCGAGGAUGACGAUGUAAAUAAUACUGUUGAUAAUCAAAUUAGUGGAGAUGGGUUUAAGCACGAGGAAUUCGAUUGCAGCGAGGAUGAACUCAUUGAGGAGAUUGAGGACAAGAGUGAUGAGAAAGACGGCCUGACUGACGAGAGUAUCGAGGUCUUUCAGUACGAGGACGAGGACGAUCGAUCGGCGGACGAGAUCGAUGAGAAAAUCAUCGAGGAGACGAAGCCCUUCGUUGAUCCUAACGUAUUUGUUCCGCCGAAGGUCGAGAGACCGGAGAUACCGCCGUUGAAGCCUAUCGUCUGGAAGACUUCGUCGAAGAUUGAUAGGGAAUUAAGCAGAGACAAGGGGGAAUCCCAGGUAGAUCGGCUGUUACCAAGUCCUCCAUGCUUGGUCACGUGUUCCGAGGACGCACUGACGAAGCCCGUGUCGGGUUCGAUGCCCCGGAGGAAGCGGGCAGCACCGGGUCUGAUCAAACUUAAGCCGACAGACUGGCAGAGGCAGGAGGUCAUUGCGAGACCUGGAAAACAGUUGAGGGAUCUUCUGGAGAGAUGUGGCGAGGCCAUUCCGGAUCCACUUCUUGUGCCGAAGUGUCGGCUGCCGAUACUCGCGGCUUAUCCAGCGACGGAAAUUCCGCAGCUGUUGAUAUCUCAUCCGGAGUUGAGGCUGCCCGAGGCCCUGUCGAGGCCGGAUCUCCUCGGUGAUCCCGAUCUUCUUGUCAUCUCGCUGGCACAUCUGCAGAAGGUGCUCGAUGAGAAGGCGGGGGAGACGGAAUCGCCUGUGGCCGGCGGUCCAGCUGGCAGGGGAAAGUGGACGGGUGGUGGUAGUGGCCAACUUGUAGCUGGAGAUAACCGGAAGAAGGUGAAUCAAACGUCGAUUCCUGUGGAGCUGAGGGAGGAUUACAGACGGAGUUAUCGGGCUGAUGAACUUGAUGGGCUGUCCAAGCAGGAGGCGCACGUCACGUCCAGUGAUUCCACGCUGUGGAGGCCAUUCUUCAGCUGCUGUCAAAAAGACGAGGAACAACUGCCCAUCUACCGUCACCAAAAGUCUGAAGAACGCAGUCAACGUUCGUGGCAUAAAACAAGCCUGACUUCUUGACAACUAAGUGAUAAUAAUCCUAUAAUACGCAUUACCGACGUAUCGACUACUAGUAAAAUGAACAAAAAAAACGACAUGUAACGAGCCAAUUUAUUCAGGUGCAAUAGUUUAAUCAAGGCUAUACUUAUUUAAACAUAACUGUAGACACGUGCAAUUUUAAAGGGUUAUUGAGUUAUCGGUUGAGUUAAUUUUUAUUGUUGUUUUUGGAUGAAUGUCAUGAGAAGUUUACUCGGAAAAAAAAUUUUCAAUACUGGAAAAAAUGCAAUUGCGGUAGUUCUUCAGGUUUUGUCAGUGGAAAAAAAAAAUUUUUCAGCAAUUUAUAGACUCCUCAUGACAUUCUCGUAUAGAUCAAAAUAUUGGCACGGGGUUUUCUUCAAGUACAAACGAACUGUCAAAAGUGUGAACAAUUUUUGGGGACAUUGGUGCAAGAUAAUUUUACAGACUUAGAAAAAAAGAGCUGUUGGGUUUACUAGAUAUAUAUGUUAAUGUUCUUAUGGAGUAUUGAUUUUUGUCAUUCAUAAGAAACUGUUGAAUCCGUUUAUUUCGAUUUAAUUUUUGUCGUAUUUAUUUAUUUACUGAUCUGAUAUACAUUUUUUAUGGGUGAUAUUGAAUGAGAAAAAUUUCCAAACUGUAAGGGGGGAUGAUAAAAACCAAGGGGUAGGAAAAAAAAUUGAUAAUAAAAAUUAUUGUAGAUAAAUUUGAUUUUUAGAUAGAUGAGGAAAUGUUUUCUAUUAUCGUAUUUUUACUUAGGUAUGUGUAUGCGAUCUGUAUGAAUGUUUAUACCUUCCCAAUUUGGAAGUUAUUGAAUAAAAUUUACGUGUACUUCUCCUUGUAGCUUAAAAAAUCAUAAAUAAAAUAUUGAAAUCA